AUGGAGAAAGAUUUCGAAGAAAUAAUGCACACCAUGGGACUGAAUCUUUCCCGAGCGCAAAUACAGAAGCUGGCGAAGAAGUAUACGUCACGCGAUCGAAUUAACUAUCGAUACCUGACAGAUAGUUGGGCUAAUAAAGACGGCACAGUCACAUACAAACCGGGUAUGAUUGAUGAUCCACCGACAACAGAGCAAUUGCUCAAAGGAAUUGUUCCGAAGGGGGAACCCAUGGAUGAGGAACCAGAAGUGACCGACGCUUCGGAAGUUGCCAAAACGGAAGGUUAUGUUAUGUAUGCUGGAUCUCUUAUGAAUAUUUCACAUGUUAUGGAACAAGUGGCAAAGAUGGAAGCGGAUCGCAACGCAGCGCUGCAAAAAAACUCUGUGGAUGAUACCGUACAGAUGAAGACUGCUAUCCAAGAAUUCCGUCGAAUG